UACAGGUCUUGCUAGAAACCUCACGUGCGAGUACAAGCUUUGUCAACAAGGAGCUGGCCCUUUCCCGCUCUUUUUCCCUAACAGCAACGUUAAUUAUUACGGUCUAUCAGCACCAACAUUUCAUGACCAGGUGAAAUGCUCUGCGCUACCGGAACGCCAGGACUGUGCAGAACAUAGAGAAAUGCAAACCACUCCAACAAGUACAGAAAUCCAUGAGCAGUCUAACCAUAAGCAAAGUCACCAGCGUGGUCCCCUCCCGCCCAUUGAUAUCUUUUUCAAUGGAUAUCCAAAUGAAGGUCGUUCAGGACCUUCACUCGAUUCCGCACAUAUGCAACCAGUGGAAAGGUUUCUUAACUUGAAGGCCCAGGUCAGAGACCCUAUUCUGAUGACUGGCAGCACAUUUCCAUCAUCCAAAAGAACCCCGGACUUUGGUACACCCGAGACAGCUGCCCCUCUUGAUCAGUGUCUUGAAAUUCAUGACGACCGGGCAGGAAAAAGGCGUCGUAUCACUAAUGACGUUUCUGGAAAUGUAUUAUUCUCUUAUCUACCAAACCAGUUGACGACCGCCGAAACCCGGAACAGUAGAAACUAUGAAGCAGCUAUUGGGGUUACAACGUCACCUAAACCCGAUCAGAUCAUAGGGGAGGAUGGGUGCUCAAAGGUGGUGUAUUCAAAAGGUUAAUAAAACACCCAGAAUCCGGUCCGAGUCAAUACACUGACAACCGUACAGCGAGCGGUCAGCAGGGUGUUCUCCCACCAAUUAACACAAUCUUGAAUCCCUCUAAAUCACCUAGUAAGGCUCUUCCUAAUCUUUACAAAUGCGGAUUGUAAUGUUCAGGUUCGCAUUGUGAUACCGCUGGGGCCCUGUCACUCGCGCAAGGAAAUCUACCACUUGAAGAUCUGCUAUGGGUAGGCCCACUAGAGCAAUACACAAAGGCAUCUACCUCUGAGAGUCAGUUCAAACAGGUACACAGACAAACAAAGACAGAAUUCU